AUGCUGGUGAUCCUGCUCAACUGCGUGACGCUGGGCAUGUUCCACCCCUGCGAGGACAUCGCCUGUGACUCACCGCGCUGCAGGAUCCUCCAGAGCUUCGAUGAUUUCAUCUUUGCCUUCUUUGCCGUGGAAAUGAUCGUCAAGAUGAUCGCACUGGGGAUUUUUGGGAAGAAAUGCUACCUGGGAGACACGUGGAACCGCCUGGACUUCUUCAUCGUCAUUGCGGGGAUGCUGGAGUAUUCCCUGGACCUGCAGAACGUCAGCUUCUCAGCAGUCCGCACCGUCCGCGUCCUGCGGCCGCUCAGGGCCAUUAACAGAGUCCCCAGUAUGCGCAUCUUGGUGACGCUUCUUUUGGACACGCUGCCCAUGCUGGGGAACGUCCUUCUCCUCUGCUUCUUCGUCUUCUUCAUCUUCGGCAUCGUGGGAGUCCAGCUGUGGGCAGGUUUGCUCAGGAACCGCUGCUUCCUCCCCGAGAACUUCAGCAUCCCCUACACGGUGGAUUUGGAGCGAUACUACCAGACAGAGAACGAAGACGAGAACCCUUUCAUCUGCUCCCAGCCCCGAGAAAAUGGGAUGCGCUACUGCCGGAGUAUCCCAACGCGGAGGGAAGAGGGUCUCGAGUGCACCCUGGAUUAUUACUCCUACAACGACACCACCAAUACAUCCUGUGUCAAUUGGAACCAGUAUUACACCAACUGCUCCGCCGGGGAGCACAACCCCUUCAAGGGAGCCAUCAACUUUGAUAACAUUGGCUACGCCUGGAUCGCCAUAUUUCAGGUCAUCACACUGGAAGGCUGGGUGGACAUCAUGUACUUUGUCAUGGAUGCACACUCCUUCUACAACUUCAUCUACUUCAUCCUCCUGAUCAUUGUGGGCUCCUUCUUCAUGAUCAACCUCUGCCUGGUGGUGAUAGCAACGCAGUUCUCCGAGACGAAGCAGCGCGAGAGCCAGCUGAUGAAGGAGCAGCGGGUGCGCUACCUGUCCAACGCCAGCACUCUUGCCAGCUUUUCGGAGCCAGGCAGCUGCUACGACGAACUCCUCAAGUACCUGGUUUACAUUGCCCGUAAAGGCAGCAAGCAGCUUGUGGAGGUCUACCGUGGGACCCUGCGGGCGCCCCGCGCCAGCCCGGAGAUCAGCGAUGUGGAGACCAGCUCGCUCCACAACGGCACCAACCGGCUGAUGCUCCCCCCCUCAGCCCCGAACCCCCACGGGGCCCCCAGCACCGCUCCCAGCAACACCGAGUCCGUCCACAGCAUCUACCACGCCGACUGCCACUUUGAGCCGGUGCGCUGCCGGUCAUCCCUCCCGCAGCCAGGCCUUGGCUUGUCGAGCCCAGAGGGGAUCCCCAAGAAUAUUGUGGGUGGCAAAGUGUACCCCACGGUGCACCCCAGUACCUCCCACGAGAUGCUGAAAGAGAAGAACCUGGGGGAGGGGGCGGUGAGUGCCGGGAGCAGCACCUUGACAAGCCUCAACAUCCCCCCCGGGCCGUACAGCACCAUGCACAAGCUGCUGGAGACGCAGAGCACGGGGUUCUUUUCAGUCCACGUUACGGAGAAAGGCGAUGGCUUUCCAGGUCCCUGCCAAAGCUCCUGCAAGAUCUCCAGCCCUUGCACCAAGCUGGACAGUGGCUCCUGCAACCCUGAGAGCUGCCCCUACUGCCUCAAGGCACUGGCGAGCGAGGCUGAGCUGACGGACAACGAGACGGCUGACUCGGACAGCGAGGGGGUCUACGAGUUCACGCAGGAUGCCCACUACAGCGACCAGCGGGACCCGCAGCGGGGCAGAGCCCGGGCCAGGAGAGCAAGCCGGGUGCUGGCCUUCUGGCACGUGGUGUGUGAGACCUUCCGGAAGAUUGUAGACAGCAAAUAUUUUGGCCGUGGGAUCAUGGUGGCCAUUCUCAUCAACACGCUUAGCAUGGGGAUUGAGUACCACGAGCAGCCGGAGGAGCUUACCAAUGCCCUGGAGAUCAGCAACAUAGUCUUCACAAGCCUUUUUGCCCUGGAGAUGCUGUUGAAAGUCCUUGUUUAUGGUCCUUUUGGCUACAUUAAGAAUCCAUACAACAUCUUUGAUGGGAUCAUUGUGGUGAUUAGCGUGUGGGAGAUAGUGGGCCAGCAAGGUGGGGGGCUCUCGGUCCUGCGGACCUUUCGGCUCAUGCGAGUUUUGAAGCUUGUCCGCUUCAUGCCAGCCCUCCAGCGCCAGCUCGUAGUCCUCAUGAAGACCAUGGACAACGUGGCCACGUUCUGCAUGUUGCUGAUGCUCUUCAUCUUCAUCUUUAGCAUCCUGGGGAUGCACCUCUUUGGCUGUAAGUUUGCUUCGGAGCGAGAUGGUGACACGUUGCCCGACAGGAAGAACUUUGACUCCUUACUCUGGGCCAUCGUCACCGUUUUCCAGAUUUUGACCCAGGAAGACUGGAACAAGGUCCUUUACAACGGUAUGGCAUCGACCUCCUCCUGGGCUGCUCUCUACUUCAUUGCUCUGAUGACAUUUGGGAAUUACGUUCUCUUUAACCUACUGGUGGCCAUCCUGGUAGAGGGUUUCCAGACGGAG